GGCCCGAAAGCCAGUUCUCCAGGUCGGCUUCUGGGUCCAGCAGCAUCAACUUGCUCUGAAAUCCCUCGGAUUACAAAAAGGAGAGCAGAGAAGAGAAGGAUCUCUCCACGGCUUCAGCUCUCGAAGGACCAAGCGCCCUUCCUUCCUCCAUCCAUCCUUUCCAGAAGCUCCUUUGCCUUGUUGUUGCUCUUCUCGUGGAGACACGAUGGCCAGCGGUGGUCUUCAGAUGCUGGGCUUCCUCCUGGCCUUCAUCGGCUGGAUCGGCAUCAUCGUCAGCACCGCCAUGCCCCAGUGGAAGAUCAACUCCUAUGCCGGGGACAACCUCAUCACGGCCCAAGCCAUCUACGAGGGACUCUGGAUGAACUGCGUGACGCAGAGCACCGGGCAGAUGCAGUGCAAGGUCUUCGACUCCCUCCUCAAGCUGCCAGGCAACUUGCAGGCAACGCGGGCCUUGAUGGUGGCCAGCAUCCUCCUGGGUCUCAUUGCCUCCUUUGUCGCCAUGAUUGGCAUGAAAUGCAUGAAGUGCCUGGAGGACGAUGAAGUCAAGAAGAUGCGGAUGGCGGUCCUCGGGGGCAUCAUCUUCCUUGUCUCAGGGUUCGCCACCUUGGUAGCCACAUCAUGGUAUGGAAACGUGAUCGCCCAGGAGUUUUUCAACCCAUACACUCCAGUCAAUACCAGGUUUGAGUUUGGGCCGGCGCUCUUUGUGGGCUGGGCGGCGGCCUCGCUGGUCCUCUUGGGCGGGGCCUUCCUGUGCUGCUCGUGCCCCCGGAAGGAGACCUCCUACCCCCCGACCCGGCCUUACCCCAAAAGCGCCCCGUCCGCCGGGAAGGAUUACGUAUAAUGAGGCCGAGCGGCGUCGGAGGAGGAACCACCGCGGCCUUGGAGAGCCCACUGGGACUUGUUCCACCACCGUUUCCCCAAAUGCAAAGGCCAAAGCCUUGGGCCCAACGCAUGGCAAACCAACAUGUAUCUGUAUAUAGAUAAUGUAUGCACACACACGCCUCAUUCCUUCUAGUCCUGGAUGGGCGGUUGUUGUUUUAUGCAUGUGAUCCGACGGAGAAACCUAGACCCAAAUUGUAAAUAUCCAUCCACAGCAAAAGGGCAAGAAUUUGGGAAGUGACCACAACACUUGUUGGAAAUCUAUUGCUCUUCCUUUGGGAAAAAGAAACACCCCUAAAAUGUUGUUUUCUAUAUAUAUUUGGCAGCAAAUGUUUGUGUUUGUCACCCAUUCCGCUCCUGUCCUUCAAAUCCCAUCCCUUUGCAUUUACUUUUAUAUCGGCCGGAGGCCAAGUGGUCAACAAUCAUGAAGAAUACUCAGAUGGAUAAAAUCCUUUUUUGAAUGUGUGGAAAUUCUGAAGCUUUGAUUCGAUUUCUUCCUUCUUUCCGUGGGCAUAAAGAUCAGGAACAAAUGAGAAUGCAGGCUGAAUAGGGAGUGAUGGGAGAGCUUCCAUCUUUCCCAAAAUACUAUAAAAAAGGAGUGGAGAGACAAUGUGGAUUGUGUCUUAUAGAAACCCAAAAAGCCAGGGUUCAAGUCCAUAUAUUCCGUUUGAGAGACUUUGGGUCAGGCCCACUCUCUCAGCCCCAGGCCCCUUCUACACUGCCAUAUAAUCCAGUUUCCGGUCCCAGAUUAUCUCCUUUGACCUGGAUUAUAAUGUAAUCCAGUUCAAAGUAGAUUGUCUUGGAGUUGUCAUUUUGGGGUGAGAGAAUUGGCUGUCUGCAAGGACGUUGCCCAGGGGACGUUGCCCGGAUGUUUUGAUAAUUUUCCCAUCCUAGUGGGAGGCUUUUCUCAUGGCUUUGCAUGGGGAGCUGGAGCUGAGAGAGGGAGCUCAUCCGUGCUCUCCCCGGAUUCAAACUGGCAACCUUCAGUUCGGCAACCCAACCUUCAAGUCAGCAGUCCUGCCAACACAAGGGUUUAACCCACUGCGACACCGGAGGCUCCUAUAAUUUUAAAUACUGUAUAUACUCGAGUAUAAGCCGACCCAAAUAUAAGCCGAGACACCUAAUUUUACCACAAAAAAACUGGGAAAACAUUGACUCCAGUAUAAGCCGAGGGUGGUAAAUUUCAGAAAUAGUAUUAUUAUUACAAUAACACCCUACUACAGUAGAGUCUCACUUAUCCAACAUAAACGGGCCAGCAGAACGUUGGAUAAGCGAAUAUGUUGGAUAAUAAGGAGGGAUUAAGGAAAAGCCUAUUACACAUCAAAUUAAGUUAUGACUUUACAAAUUAAGCACUAAAACAUAAUGUUUAACAACAAAUUUGACAGAAAAGGUAGUUCAAUAUGCAGUAAUGCUAUGUAGUAAUUACUGUAUUUACGAAUUUAGCACCAAAAUAUCACGAUGUACUGAAAACAUUGACUACAAAAAUGCGUUGGAUAAUCCAGAACGUUGGAUAAGCGAGUGUUGGAUAAGUGAGACUCUACUGUAGUAUUAUUCUUAUAAUAACACCCUUAGCCUCACCAAUCUACGGUUCCCAAAAUUCCAAAUAGCCUUGAGUCAAGUAAUCAAAGUGGUGUCAAACUACAAUAAUUCUACCAUGUAAUAAACUACAAUAAUUCUACCAUGUAGAUACAUACACAUAGUAACCAAUGGCUAAGGCAAUCCCAUCCUGCACUUGCAUUCGGUCCUAGCUCUUUCCAGGGCUGGUCCAAGACCUUUCCUUGUCCGAAGUGAAGGACUAAGUGGCAUAUUCACUUUGGGGGUCCCACACUGUCCAGUUAAUAAAGUUCACAUUCUUAUUACUCCCCGCACCAUUUGCCAUAGGUUCAUUGGGUGGCCAAGGUUCUCUGUUGUGAAUUUUCUUCAAUUCGACCCAAAUGUGCACCUGGACGUCUGUAUUCACCCAUUCAGUUGGCCCACAAGGGUUGGGGUGGGAAUGGCUUUUCUAUGAGGAAAACUUGUAUAAAGUAUUAUAACAGUUUUCAAUAAAUGUAACCUCUUUUUUUUGUAAAGAA